UCAGAAUUCAGAGAGAAGAUCAACAUCAUCAUCAUCGUCUCCGUCUUCACGUGCAGGAAUGAGACGCCGACGCACCUGAUCGGAGCUCUGACCGGAGUCUCAGGAGGAUAAGCGACAAAUCGAGGACUACUCCAUAAAGCUGCGGCGCGUACUGUACACCGCUACCACGGUGAAGUUUCCUAGUGUGAGUAAAGCAUAGAUUCAUCGUUUACAUAGCCAAGCCAAGACGACGACUGACUGCUGUUUCGUACGGCGUCAUCGUGGCUCUGCUCCAACGCCACGCGUUUUUUUAUGACGUGCCCCAAGUCUUACUACUGUAUGAGUUACACGUGUUAUUAUCCCAACCAAGAGGCCUAAGAAAUCCUCACUCAAAUGGGCGACGUGUUUGUUGGGCUAAAGUGGCCUAAACCUUUCAACUAAUUUGGUUUCAGGUCAGAUUAUUGUGAAAAGGGAAAUUUGGUCCAAUACCCUUGAGCCCUCUGUUUCCUUUCGCAUCGGCCGGAUUGUAAGCUUGGAGACUAUGCAUUUUGAAGGAGAUGGUGAAGAGGCGACUCAGCGAGAAAACUGCAGGAUUUUAGAGAGCCCUAGGAGCAGAAGCAGAAGCAACAGGUAGGCAACAGCGAAGUAGGAAAGCAUGAGGCUCAUUCGAUCAAUCACUGGGCAGCGUAAUUCACUACGAGAGGUGGGACAGAGGAACUACGCAAGCAGUGUCUCUGAGUAUAACACUGUUAUCGGUUCUCUCACCGCGCAGAGAAGGCAUUUCUUGCUGAGAGAUAUGUAUGAUGAUAUGAUACUGGAUGGAGUACAGCCAACUAGGGAUACAUUCCAUUUUGUCAUCGUUGGAACCAUGAAAAGAUCUUGCUUGCAGGACGCUUUCUACUUUUCUGACCAAAUGAGAUCCAUGGGUUUGGUCCCUGAUGUGAUUGAUGAAAUAGAUGGAGCUCUUGGUGAUGGCAAAGGUGCUGUGGAGGUUAUUCUAAAGAUGGUUUCUGCAGAUAAGAAGUUUGAUACAGGAAGGAGAAUUUUCCAAAUGAAGAAAAUCAUGAAAGUACAUAGAAAGUUUAUCAUUCAUAUGGAGUUUCCUUUUCAUGAUUCCCUGGAAAAUGGGUUCAUAUAUUUGUUCAACCAACAGUUAAUCGUGUUGUCAGCAGGUAUCAAAUCUGUCUCCGUUUUAGUGGAGGUGCCCCAUAUGCUUUUAAUGGUGUCACUAAAGUUUGGCAUUAUACCAAUUGUGGUGCCAGUUGGUGUUCGAGAUUUUGACAUUGAUGGUGACAUUGAUGGUGCCAGUUGAUACCAACAGAGGCUUUUGUAGGAGCUGUAAUAUUCUCUAGGAGGUGUAAUAUUCUCUUGUUUUUAUUCAUAAAACACUUGUACAAUUUCCUCUUGCUAAUUCAGAUUUUGUUUUUAGUUUC